GGUAACAAUCUACAGUAUAGGAUAUGGAAGAGUGUAAAUAGUAGUUGUAUUUUGUUCUCCAAACAUAUCUUUCUCGGGCUAAUACAUGUCGUGUAUUGAAUCAUGUUGUAUUAAGACGUAUCACACUGGAAUUAGCUUGUCGAAUGACUAUAUUUUACAAUGGCGAUUCAGAGGAUCAACUACUAGAUUUAAUGCUCUAAAUUUACAACAUAUCAAAGACCGAAUGAAUGAAAGAAUACAUUAUUAUCUCUAUGCAGCAACAUGACAAUGACAUCCCACCUUUGAAAAUAUAAUUUGAGCAACAUCACAAAUAUUGUGUAUCUAUUUAAUUCAAUAUAUCGGGGAUCAUUUUCCUAUAUUGAUGUGCAUCUCAUUUGGUUAACAUUUGAGACGUGUGUUGCACGUGCGUGCUUACUAGUAGUGUAUAGUAUAAAAGAAUUAGAUGAGAGAUUUAAGAAAUUGUUGACUUGAUUAAAAUUGGGUGAUUCAAUUCUAAUUAGACACCUCAACUGAUCGUGGGGCCUUUUAACCUAUGUUCAAAUUGGCCCUCCCACAAUUAGAUCGAACAUGCUAAAAUGCGUCAAUCAGACGGAAAAAUAAGGCCAGCCGGCCGCUGCCUAGCACGCGCCUUCUCAGAGUCAAUCGAUUCGCGAAACCGCCACGGCCCCACCCCCACAAUCCACUCCGAUUCCAUCCACGUCUCCUGUAUGGGAUUUCUCGACUGCUCGUCCGAGUCGAAUUCGGUUCUCCCACUUGUUUCAACCGCCAUGACCCUUGAGCUAUAUAAGCAGGCCCCUGUUCCGCUCUAGGAGCACAGCCUGCGACGCUCUCGUAGUCAAUCAAAUUACAAACCAGCGUCCAAGUUCGUCCGCUGGUGUACGCGCAGCUAGAGUAGGCAUGGCCACCGCCGUGAACGAGCACGUCCUGCUCAGCCAACCCGACAAGCUGGUCCUGCUCGCCGAGAUCCCGGCCGCAGACUCGUGCGGCUCGUCGCAGCCCGACGUCACGUUCCGGCUGCUCGUCGAGCAAUGCAGCGACUACGGCGGCGGCCCCGUGGACGUCGACACGAUGGAGGACGUUUCCUGCCGCGUGCCGCUCCGCGACCUGGGCCGCCGGGGCGCCGCGGACCGGGCGUUUGCGGGCCUCGUGGCCAGGCUCGACAACCCGAUGCUGCGCCCGGAGGUCGCGACGGAGGCCCGGAGGGCGGCGGAGCGCGUCGGCGCGAGGCGCGGCGCGCUCGACGAGCUCGGCGGCGUGGAGUUCCGCCUCCGUGUCGUUUUCGUCGACGAUGACGCGUCCGAGGAGCCGGCGGCGUCGGACGAGGACGAGAGCGGGAGCGACAUGGAGUUCGGGGAAUUCGACCUGAGCGGCGCGCGGAGCCUGCACGGCCAGCGGGCCGUCGCCGCGUACGAGGAGGACGAGGACGGCUGCAGCGCCCAGUUCAUGGUGCGCCCGUACCGCGCGGGGGAGGGGGCGAGCCUGCUGCUGUCGAGCUUCGAGGCGCGCUCGGACGGCCCCGAGCUGACCGAGCAGCACGAGCUGACGUCGCAUGACAUGCGCCGCCUCGUGCACCUGGCGCUGGAAGGGGGCGCGAGCAUGGAGGACGACGAGGCCUACCAGCGAGCGCUGGCCGGCGGCACGGCCGUGUCCUCGGCGUCGCGCGCCGCCAUGGUCGACCAGGCGCUGCAAUCCGCGAGCCACCAGCAGCAGCGGUCCAAGUCACCGAGCCCGAUCUUUCCGAUGCGCUCCGGAUUCUGAUGCCUGACGGAUUGGAACAAACUUUCCUUUUUACGGGUCUUUUGGUUGGAACUUGGAAACCCCCACCGUGUAAAGUUGGAAUACUAUUUUCUUUUAUUAGGGUCACAAGUUGGAAAUUGGAAUACUCUUGUGUGUAAUGGCUCGCAACCGCUCGAUCACAUUGUAACUGUAUGACUCUAUCGAGUGACGACGUUUUUCUUAA